CAAUUCAAAAGUACGUUAACCGUUCUCUGUUAAAGACGCAUUCUGGUAAAAAAAGUUUUUUCAAUAAGAAAUUGAACAUGACCAAGUUUAUUGUUACUAUAUUUUUAUUAGUAGCAUUUGUCAACAUAACAACUGUGUUAACAAAAAAUGUUUUUGAUUUUGAUAAGCUGAAGAACCAAAUCUUUCAUCCAUUAAAUGGGAGUUUUAUUACUUCAGAGUUAGAAAAAUUAGACAAAUCGUUAAAUUCAACUGCUUCAUUUAUCCAGCAAAAUAUAAUUCCCAGUCCAUCUUGCAAUUGUGUUGAAUUAAUUUGCAGUUGCUGCACAACGUUAAAUUCUAAUGCAAUCUUUAAAAAUAAAACUGUAUGCAAUCAAAUUACCUACUUGCAAAAUGAAUCUGCACUUAAUUUAAGUAUUUUAAUUGAUGGAAAAGCUUUAUUCAACAAAACAAUUACAGAAACCAACCCCCCUGAAGAAUGCAUAGCAGUGCCUGAUAUACCAAAUUUAUAUAUUUGUGUUGUUUUAAAAAAUCUUCAAAUAGAGAAUUCAACAUUACAUGCAUGUAUUGAUGUACAACCAAAGUUGAAUACGCAAAUUCUUUUCACGUUUCAAUUUGACUGUUUUGAUAUAAAUUCCAAAGGUUUUGAAUCAUCAAAUGUAGAUAAAAUAAUUAAAUUUAUAGAUGAAAAAAAAAAUUCUUCCAGCAUAAAUAAUUAAUUUAACUAUAAUAAUUAUUCUUGUAUGUUGAAUUAGUUAAUACCCAGCAAACAUUGUUUCAUAACUGUUAAGUAAAAGAAAAAAUCUUCUUCUUUUUUAUUGUUCGCAACAUGUUAUAGUAACAGAAUAAUAAAAAAAUUUUACCAUAUUUUAGUCUCGGUGUGUUACAACUGUUCUGUAAUAAUUGGGUAAAAAUAUUCAAAUUAGUAUUCUAAUUAAUUUAACUAUUUUCGUUUACUGUUUUAAUAAUGUAAAAUUGUGUAUUUUCAAAAAACAAUAAAAUUUAUUUAUUAGAAAA